UGGAAGAGACCCCGGCACUAAAGCCAUGGCGCGACAGCCUCUACUGUGGUAUUUCCGCUAUAUAUUUAUAAGAUAAGUUUCAUUCUCAAGCAGAAAAAAGUGACAAAUUCAGAAUCACCGCCGCUCAGAGUAACGCGGUCCACCAUUCGACACUACCUCAGCGAUGGCAGUAGAUUCGUCUCAAUUAUCAUCGCCAAACGAUAUAUUUGGCUGUCUGCCUUGUGAGAUUCUGCUAGCACUGCUGAAGCUCUUGCCCAGCUUGCCAUCAUUAUGGAGCCUCAUCAACGCUUCCUCUGUCUGCUCUGCCCAGUUUGACGACUGCGCACUCGAGAUUAUAGAGGCCGUGAUGCUGGCUUCAGUCCCCACUACGAUCCAGCAUAUCAUGCGAGUUACACUCCGCUGUCAAGCUCCUGGACUACAACACACGACUCUAGAACAAGCCAGAGAUGUCGCCAAAGAUAUCGACAUUAAUAGGAGGAGAGCUCGCCCGUUACUGAUCUCGAUGCCGCUGAAUUUCAACACCUUUGAGGUGGAGGCGGUGCAGCAUACCAGAUUGCCGCGCCGCCUCCUGUCACAGGCACACAAUAUUCACGUGCUAGCACAUGCAUGUACCGACCAUUACAUUGCUGCCUCUCUAGCAAUACGCCCACAUUCCCUAGUCAAACUAGGUCCUCACUCCCCUGUAUACAGGGAUAAGUUUGAGUCAGCUGAAGGUCGACCAUAUCAGCCUCGUGAAACUGGCCCGUCAUCGUGGGUUGAAGAACAUCGUGUCAUCAAGGCUUUAUGGCUCAUACAAUAUUUCUUUGAGCUUCAGGUUGCAUGUGAGGAAAGCCGGUUGGACUGGCCGGCAGAAGAUCUGAAGUCUCUGCAGUGCGCAGGCCUCUCUACUUUCUUCACGCUCCAGAGAUUUGAGCAGCAGCAGCUCUUGACAGUCAUGGAGUUUUUACAAGUCAAAACACAUGGACAUAAAGAAGCAGGAUCACUUUGGCUACAACAAUACCGACUGCCCACCGAGGCCUUUGAAAACACAUUCAUUAGCCCUUGUGCCCAGCUAAUGUUCUUUGACCCGAACGAGGACCAUUAUCAGCAAGGCCAAGAAUUUCUGGACAAAUCACCAACAUCUAUCACAUUUCAGUAUAUGAUGGCGCGUAAUCCCAAUAUGUCGCCACUGCCUGGGUUACCAUUCGACCCUUACAGGAAAUUUGGGUUUGCCAUAUUCGAUGACCAGCGUAUGACAGACCUCGGUCUGGCUGAAGCCAAUAGGAGGGCCUUGGCUUUCUUUGUUAAGUAUCAUUACAGCUGGUUCAGUAUUCUUACACAAGAGGAACGGGAUUUGAGCCGUAAGAACUAGUUAUAGCCAAAGUGCCAGGAAUAAACCAAUCCAAGAUGCUUUGUAUGAUAAAAACAUUCACAGAACCAUCAUGGACUAAGCG